AUGUUCGCCAGACUCAUCCCCCUCGUCGCACUGCUCGUCGUAGCCGUCGCGUACCUCUUCUCAGCCCAGCAGGAUGAGCCACGCCCUCCCUACAUCCAGGGCCGUAACAGGACGGCUCUCUUCCUCGCCAACGAGGAGCAUGGACUCGCCAACGUCUUCAUCGCCACGGCCUUUGCCAUGCUCGAGAACCACCCGGACAUCCAGGUCCACUACGCCUCCUGGGACAGCGCGCGGCAACGGGUGCACCGCGCAGCGUCCUUUGCUCGGGAAGCCAACCCAGCCGCCCAAAACAUCAUCUUCCACACGCUCACGUCCAUGAGCUACCGCGACGCCGUCGAGGCGCAGGGCAAGAACUUUACCAACAUCAUCCACGCGCCCGCCAGCGCCGGCAUCGCCCACAUCAGCAGGGACAUUCAGACCUACCUCUGCCCUUGGGAGCCCGCGCAGCAUCUCGAGCUGUACGACGAGGUCGGCGCCCUCCUCGACGCCGUGGACCCGGCCGUCGUCGUCGUCGACAGCAUCUUCCGGCCCGCCAUUGACGCCACGCGCGACAGGCAUCGCCAGCACGCCAUCCUGACGCCCAACACGCACGUCGACAACUUCCCGGCCAUCCAGCCGUACGGAGGCAUGUUUUGGAAGUACCCAGCCAUGUCAUCCGGGUUCUCGUUCCCGAUCCCCUGGCACCAGAUCCCCGAGAACAUAUACCUCAACGCCCGCUUCAUCUACAGCAUCAUGGCCGGCUCCUUCAUCCGGCGCAAGCAGGCCGUGCUCCGCCAGCACGGCCUCCAGGAUCCUAUUGACUUUAUGCACCUGCACAGGCCCGACGUCCCCUGGAUCACCAUGCACACCGAGGGCGCCGCCAUCCCCGUCGACGUCGUCCCCGCCAACGUCACCUCCGCCGGGCCCAUCCUCGUGCACUCGGCGACGGCCGCGCAGCAGGACCCGGAGCUCGUGGCCUGGAUGCAGAGGGCGCCGACGGUGUUGAUCAACCUCGGCAGCUCCGUGCAGUACGACGACCAACGCGCGCGCGCCUUUGCCCAGGCCAUUGCCGACGUGCUCGCGCGCUCCGACGUCCAGGUCCUCUGGAAGUUCAGGACCUGGGGCGCCAUGUCGGACGAUUACCUCGACGCGCUGGCGCCGCAUGUGCUGGGCGAUCGCGUACGCCUGCCCACCUGGCUGGCCGCGGAUCCGUAUGCGCUGCUCGCGUCCGGGCACGUCUCUGUGUUUGUGCACCACGGCGGAUCGGGCUGCUAUCACGAGGGUAUCUCUUCCGGCGUACCACAGCUUGUCCUGCCCCUGUGGGCUGAUCUGUACAGCUUCGCUGCUCUGGCAGAGACGCUGGGCGUAGGGAGCUGGGGCUGCCGACAGACGAGUCCCGAGUGGACGUCGGAAUGUCUGAGCGAGAGCCUGCUCAGGGUCAUUGCGAAUGAGAAGAUGCGUGAGAAGGCGUCCGCGCUGGGCGAGAAGGUCAGGGCGCGGGGCAAUGGUCGGGAUAUAGCUGCAAAGGAGAUUGCCAAGCUGGCACUCACCGCACACAAGUUCCCGACACCAGUGACCAACCGCCGUCCUGCCCAGCCGCUAGGCAGGCCAUACGACCUCUUGGCCAACAGUCUGUCGCUUGUCGGAGAUUAA